CCGCCUCCGGAGAGUCCCCCGUCAGGACCGGAGGCGGGGCUGAGGGGUACACGUUAUUAGGAGGGGGCGGGGCCGGGUCGGGCGCGCGCCGGGGCGAUGCACCUGUUGGUGCGCCCAGCCUACGGUGCUGAGGCCCCGCGGAGUGGCCCUUUCCCUCAGGCAGAGGCUAUCUUCGACCCUUCGGACGCCUCUCUCGCCACCCGUGGGACACAGUCAUCAAGGCAGCCAUGAGGAAGUACCCGAAUCCCAUGAACCCCUGUGUUGUGGGUGUCGACGUGCUGGAGCGCAGUGUGGAUGGCCGGGGCCGGCUUCACAGCCACCGCCUCCUCAGCACCGAGUGGGGACUGCCCAGCCUCGUGAGAGCGAUUUUGGGGACCAGUAGAACUUUGACAUACAUCAGAGAACAUUCUAUCGUGGAUCCAGUAGAAAAGAAAAUGGAGCUCUGCUCCAGCAAUAUCACACUCACAAACUUGGUGUCAGUGAGUGAGAGGCUGGUGUACACACCCCACCCGGAGGACCCAGGAAAGACCGUGCUCACCCAGGAAGCUGUCAUCACCGUGAAGGGAGUCAGCCUUGGCAGCUAUCUGGAGAGUUUAAUGGCCAACACGAUAUCAUCCAACGCAAAGAAGGUACCAUCUCUCACUGUUGGGGGGCUGGUGGCCAAAGGAGUGGGCAUCCUACUGAGCGUAUGCAGUGGGGAGGGCCCCAGGCCUGUGGGGAACAGAGGCUAGCGAGGCAAGCCACCACUUCCAGCAGCAGCUGAGCUACCAGGGCUCUUAAACAAGACACCCACACAUCCAGGACAAGUGUGGGCGUGGGCAUGCAGGACACUCAACAUUUUUAGCAGUUUUGUAUUUAACUGGCAUUUUGAGUACCUCUGGCAGGAUUUGGGAGUGAGCCUUGUAGAGGGACCUUGGGAGGGAUGGGUCCCAGGCUGUGUGGGUGCCAGGGCCCAACUCUUUGCCUGGGCAUGCAGUCCCCUCUCUGCCAUCCCCUGCUCUCCCUUCCCCUUUGGUUUCUGUCUGCAACCAAUGGCACGGCACCUAAGCCUUCCCUUCCUAGCGCAUUCAGGUCAGGGCUUGGCUGAGAGCCAUUUAUGCUUGAAUUUAGGUGCAUUUGUCCAGUCACAAUACAGGACCAGUCUGCCGUGUUUCUAGAAAAAUCCAGAUUUGAGGAAGGUUGAGAGUAGCUUAGCUCAGGGUAGUGUCCUCCACUUCCGACCCAGAGCAGCACUCAUCACACUUCAAGCCCAGAGGACAGAGCUGGCAUGACUCAUUUUGUGUGUCCAUGGUCUAGCUUAGGGCAGGCCUGAGCGUUUGCCGAAAAGAACAUUUCUACGAGGAAGGCAACUCUCAGCAAGGACAGAGUCCCUUAGCUCUUUAUGAGAAAAGUCAGGGAAAACUCAGUGAGGCUAAAUCCAGGCCUCUCAUUUUCUGUGUUUAGGGGCUGCUGUGCUGGAGGCCUGUGGAAAAUCAUGGCUUCUCCAGCUGUCGUUACCAUCCCACAGCACCCCAGGCCAGGUCAGGGGCACCCUGGGGCAGCUAGCUCCCUGCUGGUGAGGGAGACGGAGGUGGAGAGGUGGGUUAUCCUACACCCGAGGUUGAGGAGCGGAGGUUAGGGGCCACUCACGGAGAGGUCUGAGGGGCCUCAGGAGGUGACAGCAGGGAUGGGGUGGGGCUCCAUGGAGCUCUGGCUGGGGCUGGAAUUCUGUGUGCUGCCUGCCUUGUUUCUGGGCCUGGUGUCUCCUUUGCGUUCACCUGACCUGAGUAGCUCGCUGUCUGCUGCUUGGUGAGACAGCAGGACGACCUCUGACAGCGCACUGGCUUCUCUCUGUGUUGCUCCAGGGCUGGGCCGCUAUUGAGUGGAUAAUUGAAAAUGCGGAACGCGCACUGAGCUAAAGAGGCCUGCAGCGCCCCCCGCGCUUAGCGGCGGUAACUACAGGAUUCCUGAACCAGGAGGAUGUGGUGCCCACUGGGCUCCCAGUGGUGUGUGCCGCCGGCGUGCUGGGAGGGGUCUGCGGGAUGCAGCUCUGUGCGGGCCCAGCCCUGUAGAGAAAGACCGAACUGGUUUCAUCCUCCUCCUGGCCCACCAGCUUGUUUUGUGGCGAGAUUUGUGUUCAGGUUUGUCAUCUCGUCUCCAAGGGCAGUUUGGCUUUUCCUUAAAGCGGUUCUCAGCACGCAGUCGUGUGUUGUGGGACUGCUGUGUCCUUAGCAGGAGGGUCUCACCAGCAGGUCCAGUGUGGAGGGCUGAUCUGAAGGGGAUUUUAUUGGGAGUAAGACUGGAGUGCCUGCCCAUGAUGUUGUGCAGAUGCCUUGGGCCCAGAUGUCAGCACUGUGGCCAGUAGGCCGCCCUUCCUGCUGCUGCCAGCCGUGUGCCAUCACUGGCCCUUCGUUUUUAGUGCUCAAAGUCGUUUCCCAGCAUCUCCUUGAGCUUCUCAAAUACUCUUGUUUUCCUCCCCUGAGCAUCUGGGGUGUCAGGGAAGAUUUGAUGCUGGCAUGGUCAGCAGUCAUCUCUGCUUCAUAAGGUCAGAGUUCACUGCUCCCUCUGCUGAGAGAAUCCUUACUCUCCUGCCCUGGAAGUCCUCCUACUCGUGGCUUUUCAAGCUCUGGCCCCGCUUCCCACCCUCAGUUGGUCUGUCUGCAGCACAUAUGCACACUUGGCGCUUCAGUCAGCAGACAUGAGCCCUGUGGCUUGGGCUCCUUUAAAGAGCUUCCUGCUUUUUGCCUAAGGCACUGAUGCAUAGGUUUGCCAGAAACUUCACCUUGAACCCAAGGUCAUGACCUUCUUCCUUGAAUGCACCACUAAGUGAUCACAAGCAGAGAGCCUGCUUGACUGCUGAGCAUCCUACUUGAGUGUGCAUGUGUUUGGUGUGUGUCUGAUGCUGUUGCUUUGAAUUGUGGACCCUAUCACAUUCUCUUGCCUCACAAACUAGAGCUCAACUGCCUCAAUCUUUAAUGAUGCCUCACCAAAAAAAGAAAGAGAAAAGAAGCAGCGAGUCCAGAGCAUGGUCCUGGCUGGACUGGGAGAGGCGGGAGCUCCCAGGUCACAGCCAUCAUCAGGCUGGUCAGCCGUGACCUCACAGGACAGGAGGCCUGGCCAGUGGCACUGCUUAUGGGGCAGACUUGCUGGGAGCAGGGCAGGCUGCCAUGCUGUCCACUGCACGUUGAGCCUACGUGCCUGCUCUGCUGCGCCUGAGCCUGGUUUGCUCAGACAGCUGUGGGGGCCUCCUUUGUCCUUCCCUCAGUCUCAUCUGUCCUCCCCUCAGUGCCAGCUCUCCUGCCGACUCUUGGGGUCUCACUAAAGAGCUUUCUCUUUGCAGAGGAUGCCCCAUUCCCCUCCCUUGCCCUUGAUCCACAGGCUCACUGUCUCUUCACACAUCUGGCCACCAGCUGUUACCUCAGACAUAGCUGACGUGUGUCCCUGUCUUACUUCUUCACGGAUCUGUACAUGCUAGAGUCAGGCAUCCAACCUGAUAGUGACACAGGCAUAGUUAGGAUUGGCCAGGAGAGCCAUUUGCUCUGUCCUGUGGCUGUGAUGAGACUGCACACCGUCUGGGACCCUCCCCUGGACUGCAUCCUGGGCUGGUGGUUCCAAGCUCUCAGCUGUUUUGCUGACAUCAAGGUAUCUCCAACUGGGAGUUUUAAUUUUCUCAAUCUUCAAAAAUAAAAUUUGUGUGUGUUUUAAAUGAUAAUUCUAGAGAAGCUCUCCAUAAAGGAGGGUUGGAACUGUAUUCUACCACAUUUUUUUAGAUACUGCUUUUCCUUUGAUAUUAAUAUUUCCAAUUCAAAAUUAAAAUUCAGUUUUAUUUUUGAGACUUUUAUGCACAUAGCUUUAAAGGUAAAAUAGUUAAAAGAUUUAUGACAAAAACAAUCCCUCUUACCCUUUCCACAGAGGAUGCUUCUACCCUUCUGUAGACUCUCUUGGCAGUUUUGGCAUUUACUGUUAGAUUCCUAAAAUACAUGAGCAUACUCUGCUAUUUCUUGAUUCAACAAUUUUAGAUGAAAUCUGUUGACUUCCUGCUAUGAUAGAUGGUUAUUUUCUCUCUCACAUCUUCCCAUCUCCAGUAUAGCUGUGUUGUAACUUAUGGUUAAAAUCACAUUGUUUCUAUAAUUAAAACAUACAUAACUACUAUUUAUUACUAAGUGAAAAGCUAUAUGUUAAUUACAUUUUCUUUUAAAAGAAAAACAUUUAUUUGACUGGGUCUGGUCUUAGUUGUAGCAUGAGGGAUCUUUAGUUGUGGUAUAUGGAUCUAGUUCCCUGACCAGAGAUGGAACCUGAGCCCCUGCUUUGGACCGCCAAGGGAGUCUCUAUAUUGUCUUUAUGUAGCUUUUCUCCCCUUGGAGGUAAUAAUUGUCUUUUCCUUU